UUCUCUCCCGCUGCCUGCCCGGCGAGCUUCUCUUGACCCUCCAACGACGCGGUGCCAGAGAGUUCGGGCUCAGGCUCGGACACCGCAGAGCGAGGGACCCUAGCCGCCGGCGCUCGCUCACAGCGUUCUCUCCCCGUAGGUGCCCGCGCACGUGGGGAGCAGCGGCACCAGGUGGCGUCCGGGGUGGGGUCAAUGAAGCGCAGCCUGAGGAAGAUGCUGCGCCCCGGGGAGAAGAAGGAGCCCCAGAGCGUUGUCUACCAGGGAGUGGAGGACGACAUGGACGAGUCCAAGGAAUCCAUUAAGGUGGUUUUUGAAGGAAGCAAAUGUCACUUACCAAACAUCAUUAAGAAACAUAAGAAAUUAAACAAAUACGAUGACACAAAUGCCUCCCCUUUGCAUCAUGCUGCAGCAGAAGGUGAUGUUGAGCUGAUGAAGAUGAUCAUCAAUGAGUCUUCUUGUGAAGUGCUGAAUGAGAUGGAUGACUAUGGUAACACCCCUCUGCACUGGGCUGCAGAAAAAAAUCAAGUUGAAAGUGUUAAGUUUCUUCUCAGCAGAGGAGCUAACCCAAACCUCCGCAACAACAACAUGAUGGCGCCCCUACACAUAGCUGUGCAGGCCACGCACAACGAAGUGAUGAAGGUCCUGACUGAGCACAGCAGCACUAAUAUUAAUUUGGAAGGAGAAAGUGGAAACACAGCUGUGAUGAUCGCAUGCUCCAAAGAUAAUAGUGAGGCACUGCAAAUUUUGUUUAAUAAAGGAGCUAAGCCAUGUAAGUCAAAUAAAUGGGGAGCCUUCCCUAUUCACCAGACUGCAUUUUCAGGUGCCAAGAAAUGCAUGGAAAUUGUAUUGAAGUUUGGUGAAGAACGUGGAUAUAGUAGACAGUCUCACAUUAACUUUGUGAAUAAUAGGAAAGCCAGCCCUCUCCACAUGGCUGUUCAAGGUGGAGACUUGGAAAUGAUUAAAAUGUGCCUGGAUAAUGGUGCACACAUAGACCUGAUGGAGAAUGGGAAGUGCACACCCCUUCAUUUUGCUGCUACCCAGGGAGCCACGGACAUUGUUAAACUUAUGAUAUCAUCCUAUUCUGGGAGCAGUGACGUGGUUAAUGCAGCUGACGGAAAUCAAGAGACCCUGCUUCACAGAGCCUCAUUAUUUGAUCACCAUGAACUAGCAGACUACUUAAUUUCAGUGGGAGCAGAUAUUAAUAGCACCGAUGCUGAAGGACGCUCUCCACUUAUCUUAGCAACUACUUCUGCAUCUUGGAAUAUUGUAAAUUUGCUACUCUCUAAAGGUGCCCGUGUGGACAUAAAAGAUCACUUUGGACGCAAUUUUCUACAUUUGACCGUACAGCAACCUUAUGGAUUAAGGAAUUUGCAACCUGAGUUUUUGCAGAUGAAACAUAUUAAAGAACUGGUCAUGGAUGAAGACAAUGAUGGGUGUACACCUCUACAUUAUGCAUGUAGACAGGGGGUUCCUGUCUCUGUAAAUAACCUGCUUGGCUUUAAUGUGUCCAUUAAUUCCAAAAGCAAAGAUAAGAAAUCACCCCUGCAUUUUGCAGCCAGUUAUGGGCGUAUCAAUACCUGCCAGAGACUCCUAAAAGACAUAAGUGACACAAGGCUUUUGAAUGAAGGUGACCUCCAUGGAAUGACUCCUCUUCACUUGGCAGCAAAAAAUGGACAUGAUAAAGUAGUUCAGCUUCUUCUGAAAAAAGGUGCAUUAUUUCUCAGUGACCACAAUGGCUGGACCGCUUUGCAUCAUGCGUCCAUGGGCGGGUACACUCAGACCAUGAAGGUCAUUCUUGAUACUAAUAUGAAGUGCACCGAUCGACUAGAUGAAGAAGGGAACACAGCACUUCACUUUGCUGCAAGAGAAGGCCACGCCAAAGCCGUUGCACUUCUUCUGAGCUACGAUGCUGAGAUUGUCCUGAACAAGCAGCAGGCCUCUUUUUUGCAUGUUGCACUUCACAAUAAGAGGAAGGAGGUGGUUCUUACGGCCAUCAGGAACAAAAGAUGGGAUGACUGCCUUAAGGUUUUUAGUCAUUAUUCUUCAAGCAAUAAGUGUCCAAUCAUGGAAAUGGUAGAAUACCUCCCUGAAUGCAUGAAAGUACUUCUAGAUUUCUGCAUGUUGCAUUCCACAGAAGACAAGUCCUGUGAAGACUACCAUAUCGAGUAUAAUUUCAGAUAUCUUCAGUGUCCAUUAGAAUUCACCAAAAAAAUAGCAACUCCACAGGAUGUUGUGUAUGAGCCCCUUUCCACCCUCAAUGUAAUGGUACAACAUAACCGCAUAGAGCUUCUCAACCAUCCUGUGUGCAAAGAAUAUUUACUUAUGAAAUGGAUGGCUUAUGGAUUCAGAGCCCAUAUGAUGAACCUAGGAUCUUACUGCCUAGGUCUCAUACCUAUGACCUUACUUGUUGUCAGUAUAACACCAGGAAUGGCCUUCAACUCCACUGGAAUUAUCAAUGAAACCAGGGGUCAUACAGAAAUAUUGGACACCACGAAUUCCUAUCCAAUUAAAAUUUGUAUGAUUUUAGUUUUUUUAUCAAGCAUAUUUGGAUGUUUCAAAGAAGUGGCCCAAAUUUUCCAGCAGAAAAGGAAUUACUUUUUAGAUGUUAACAAUGCCAUUGAAUGGAUUAUCUACAUAGCAAGCAUGAUUUUUGUGCUGCCCUUGUUCAUUAAUAUACCAGGUGACGUGCAGUGGCAAUGCGGGGCAAUGGCUAUCUACUUCUACUGGAUGAACUUCUUAUUGUAUCUUCAAAGAUUUGAAAAUUGUGGAAUUUUCAUUGUUAUGUUGGAGGUAAUUUUGAAAACUUUACUGAGGUCUACAGUUGUAUUUGUCUUCCUUCUUUUGGCUUUUGGACUCAGUUUUUAUGUCCUUCUCAGUAUACAGGAUGCCUUCAGCUCUCCAGUGCUCUCUAUAAUCCAGACUUUCAGCAUGAUGCUAGGGGAUGUCAAUUAUCGAGACUCCUUCCUAGAGCCAUUUUUGAGAGAUGAAUUGGCAUAUCCAUUUCUGUCCUUUUCACAACUUACUGUAUUCACGAUAUUUGUUCCAAUCGCCCUGAUGAAUUUACUCAUUGGUUUGGCAGUUGGUGACAUUGCUGAAGUCCAGAAACAUGCAUCACUGAAAAGGAUUGCUAUGCAGGUGGAACUUCAUACCAGCUUAGAGAAGAAGCUGCCACUGUGGUUCCUACGCAAAGUGGAUCAGAAAUCCAUCGUCGUGUAUCCCAACAGACCCAGACACGGGGGAAGGUUAUUACGUAUAUUUUGCUAUUUAUUUUGCGUUAAAGAAGCAAAACAAGAAAUGCCACAUACUGAUACAUCUUUAGAAAUGGAAAUAUUGAAGCAGAAAUACAGGCUGAAAGAUGUCACUUCUCUCCUGGAAAAACAGCAUGAGCUCAUCAAACUCAUCAUUCAGAAGAUGGAGAUCAUCUCUGAGACAGAAGAUGAAGAUAACCAUUGUUCUUUUCAAGACAGGUUUAAAAAGGAGCAGUUGGAACAAAGGAACAGCAAAUGGAAUUCUGUGUUGAAAGCAGUAAAGGCAAAAACACACUGCUCCUAGUAUUAGUUACCCAGACCUGUCGCAGGGUUUCCAACAGGGAGUUCACACAACUUACAACUUGGAGAACGAAGAAGCAGCAGAAAUCUGAUUGAUUUCACUACACGUGAAAUCAUGGUUCUUGCAUUCUAUAUAAAAGUGAACUGUCUCCCUCUAUUCACAUUUUCUGUCAAUUAGUAUGUAUUAGAAAUAACAUGACUGAUAUCUUCAAGUUGGACUUUAAUUAAAGAUAAUCUCAUUAUUUGAAUGGGCAUAAAAUAACUUGCUAAAACUUAUAUUUUUAGUGAUAAGGAGUAAUAAUGUGACUACUAAGCUAGAAUGCAAAACCAAUACUGAAUUCCUGCUUGGUAAUUAUAUAACAUGUGAUGUCUUAGAUAACAAGCUCGAGUAUUGAUUGAGUAUUACACUUGAAAGGUUAUUUUGUGUUGGAAGAAAUUGGGGGUUGUCACCUAUGCACCUGUCUGUUCCUGUUAUGACAACUACCCCACCCUCCUGCUGCUCCCAGUGCGCUUGUCAUUUUGAGCUACAUAGCUUAAAUCCAGAUUAACAGACUUUCUGAUGUGCAUGAAUUUUACUGCAGAUGUUAUUUCUGCAUUUUUUGUCAGUGAUCGUAAUAAAUCUA